AUGGCUGUUUUAGAGAGAAAUGACUUUGUGGUCAACCUGAGUGACAAGAAAUACGCAGACGCUUUGGGGAAGAAUACGAUAACAGAUAACGAGGAGUUCUUCAUUGAAUGUAGCAGCGGGUUUGAAAAGGAGAAAGCCGCAGCCAGCAUCCACACCAUAAAAAAAAAGUGUUCAUUGGGUAUACAAGUGAUUAAGCAAACGCUCACAUUGACUAAAAUGGCACUAUCAAAAUCUGAAAAGUGGAAACUUGUCGAGAUGAGAUGCUAUUUACAGUCUGAUUACACCGAUUUACAGUGCUUGCCAGACAAUUAA